AUGGAGUGGCUCCCAACCCUAGAGAACCUUGAGAAUUUGGUAGAGUUGUCCAUCGAGUAUUGUCCCAAAAUGCAAGAGAUGCGAGGCCUUGAAGGCUUAAAGUCAUUGCGAUCUCUCAAUAUUAAUGAUGGAUACAGUAUGGCUUGUGUCCACGGCUUUGAGAACCUCUUGCAUUUCAACAAUUUACAGACAUUGGAGAUUCAGAGUUGCCCUCAUCUUGCAGAAGCAUUGCGAGAUGGCGACAACGACGACAAUAACCAUUGUAGGACGACCAUCCACUCUUUACGAACAUUGAAGAUAUGGAGUUGUAACUCAACACUACUACAAGGUGGCCACCGGAUGCCUCUUCUCUCGAUGUUUUCGAGGCUUACAACACUAGAACUUGUGUCGAUCAAACAUUAUGAGGAUGAUGAGGAAGACACCAUUAACAAUGUCGAGCAGGUGACAAAGAAAGUAAAAUAUACCCACUUCUUCACAUUCAACACACUCAGAAUGUCACAUACUAACACGCACAUUAAUGUUUGGUGCACAUGCAGAAGAAGGGGGAGCAGGAAUUGUGGCUGGAAGGGAUCGGCGACGUGGAAGAGCUGGAAAGAGUUUUAUUGUUUGACUUGCCUGCAGUAG